AUGUUGCAAGCAAACAAGGCGCGCGUAGUGGCCGAUCUGGCGUGUGAGACGCUCGAGAUUCGCCACGUGGAGCUGCGUUACUGGAUCGACGUUUUCAAGAAAUUCGGCGUCUUGGCUGCGUUCCUCGGCGGUUUCGCCUCCGCCGUCAGCCUCCUUCACACCCGCGACGCUCCUUCGAACAAGGGUACGAACGUUCUCUUCGUCCUCGCAGCAGGCGCUGCCAUGGGCUUGAACCUCGUGCUCAUGGUCAUCAGCGUCGUUUGCUGUCUCUGGGGACCAGGAAAAGCUCUGACCGGGCGAGGCGAUCACUCCUACGACGUGGCGAUUGGCAUCAUGGAGGACAUGUACAGGCACUGCCUGUUGCUCUUCCGACUGGGGCUGCUGUGUUACCUCGCAGCUUCGAUCUUUGCAGUGUUUAGUCUGUUUCCAGUUUUCUCUGCAGCCAUGAUCUCGGUCGUUUUCCUCUUUUUCGGAUACCUCAUCACCCUCCAAGCUGCGCAACUCCGAGCGAAAUUUGUGCCUCAAGUCUUCACUUCGGGCACUUUGAAAGGCAACCCCAUCAAAGACAUCGGCGACGAGCUCACGGCGAGCAGAGACCCCGGCCUUGCCGGCUUCGUCUUCGACGCCACGUUCGGCAGACGCAUCUAA